CUCACACAGCUUUUCCAUGGGCAGAGUAUUGUGAGGAAAAGUGCUAAAAUGGCUCGACUAAUGAUCCUAGCUGGUGGGUUGUCACUUGUGAUGUGCCUUCAAAUGGCAUCUUCUUCCAAACUGGUGUGCUACUUCACUAACUGGUCCCAGUACAGACCUGGCAUUGGAAAAUACAUGCCUGACAAUGUAGAACCCUACCUCUGCUCACACCUCAUCUACGCUUUUGCAAUAAUCAACUCUGUUAAUGAGCUGAGCACCUAUGAGUGGAAUGAUGAGGUUCUCUACAAAGCCUUCAAUGGACUUAAGAAUAAAAACUCCCAACUGAAGACUCUGUUGGCUGUUGGUGGGUGGAACUUUGGAACUACUCAAUUUACUAUUAUGGUUUCAACUGCUGCUAACCGUCAGAGGUUUAUACAGUCUUCUAUCAAGUUCUUGAGACUUCAUGGUUUUGAUGGGUUGGACUUGGAUUGGGAGUAUCCUGGAGCACGAGGAAGUCCCCCAGAAGAUAAACAGAGGUUCACAGUCCUCUGCAGGGAACUACUCAAAGCCUUUGAAAAGGAAGCUGCUGAAACUAAAAAACCACGCCUGUUACUCACAUCUGCUGUGGCUGCUGGGAAGGCAAACAUUGAUAAUGGCUAUGAGAUUGCAGAAAUGGGCAAGAUCUUUGAUUUCAUAAACAUCAUGACCUAUGAUCUCCACGGCUCAUGGGACCCAUUCACUGGUCACAACAGUCCUUUAUACUGCAGUUCUUAUGAUCAUGGUGACCACAUCUACUACAAUGUGGAUUUCGCUAUGAAAUACUGGAGAGACAAUGGAGCUCCUCCUGAAAAGCUUUUGGUUGGAUUUGCAACCUAUGGACGCACAUUUCGCUUAUCUUCAUCCACUAAUGGUCUUGGAGCUGCAGCCAGUGGACCAGCCUCAGCUGGCACCUAUACCCGCGAAUCUGGGUUUUGGUCCUACUAUGAGAUUUGCAACUUCCUCCAGGGAGCAAAUAUUAACUGGAUUGAUGAGCAAAAGGUGCCCUAUGCCACUAAAGGAAAUGAGUGGGUUGGGUUUGACAACAGGCAAAGCUUUAACAUCAAGAUCGAGUAUCUGAAAAAAAAUAACUACAGCGGCGCUUUUGUCUGGUCGCUGGAUCUGGAUGAUUUUACUGGAUCUUUCUGUGGGCUUGGAAAGUACCCCCUCAUUGGUUACCUGCAUGCUCUUCUGGAGUCAGAUUUUCCACCACCUCCUGCAACCACUCACGCACCACCACAUACCACAACGAAUGGACUCGGCUCGACUACAUCCACGACCACCAUCACAACUACUGCUUCAGCUACAACUACCCUCAACCCUGACAGUGGCCAAGACUUCUGUUCAGGAAAACAAGACGGCCUUUACGAAAACGCAAACAACAGAAACACCUUUUAUCAGUGCUUCAGCGGGUACACUUACGUCCACAUCUGUCCAUCUAUUCUUGUUUUCAACAAGAACUGCCAGUGCUGUGAUUGGCCUUAAAUAUAUCCUCCAUAAAAAAUGCUUUAGUUUUAAAAUGCUUAAUUUAGUUGUUUUUUGUCAUAUACUAAAUUAAUUAA